GCUGAGUGCGCAUGCGCCGUGAGAGCCGUUCCUCUGUGCUGCAGCUGCAGCCCUCGGCUCGGUGCUCUACUGCCUGGCACAGCAUCACAUUUGUUCACCACAAAGCUGCCGUUUCCCUCUCCGGAGAGUUUCUGCCUUGCAUGGACAGAUGCCUGCAGAGCCGUUUCCUUCUCUUCGCCCGCCCUCCCAGCCUUUGUAAUUCCUCCUCGACGGAAAACGCUCCGGUGGCCGGAAUCCGCCCUGCUUGACCAGAACGCCUGCCUUGCUGUGUUUGUUAGGCUGCCGUGAUGCUUGGGUUACAGGGAAAUACUUCCUCCAAAGUGUACCGUUGCGUGGCUUGCUCAGCCACCUUCACUGGACUGGCCUCCCUGCUGGUGCAUCAGGCGAGCCAUGCAAGUGCAGUCUCCAAGGUCUCGCCCCCUACUCCAACACAGCAAAACAUCAGCCAGCAGGAACCGCCGUUCGCAAGUCCAGACUCAUCCGGCGAGCACACAAGUCCCCCAACAAUGUUGCCUGAGAGCCCUUCACCUUCCUUUUAUAUUUGUGAUUGUGGAGAGGAAUUUCAUGACUUUGGUCUUAUGCUGGAGCAUAAGCGCUCACAUGUCUCUCCAGCACAGCUACUUCAUCCCCUGGAUAAUAAUAUUGUUCUUUCUAGUGGAACAGGCUGUGAAAAGGUUUUUCCCACUCAGCAUAUGCCAUUUUCUCCUGUAUCCCAGACAAGUUUGGCUCUUAGUUGCCCCUCUACCUCCAAGUCCCCAGCUGUUGAAUUACCCACAAUCACAGCCCACAAAGCAGAUGUAAGCCUGGAGGAUGGGAUUGCCAUAGUAACCUCUCCCCAAGGCCAGUGUACGCCCCCUCAUGAUGACAGUGAUAAACCACUUGACAACGUGUCGACCACAGCAGAGCAAAUGCCAGAGACUGUAGAGGACAUGCAUUUCAGGGACAAAACGAAUUCAAUUCACAGCAGCGAAACAGGCUUGUCCAAAAGUAACACCCUUAUGAAGAUGCUGGCGUCGGCAUACAUGAAACGCUUUCCACUUCCUCAGCCUCACAAUCAGAAUGAGAACACCGUCGGCCCCAAGCAGGAAGUUGUACCUGUUCAUAUAACACCACAAGCAAAGACAGGGAUGCCACCAAUCAAUGAUCUGUCUAUUGCACAGUUGAGGCGACUGCUUGCAAAGCCUGGAAUAAAGACGAAAGCUCCAUCCAUCAGCAGAAUUCUCGAAUCCAGUAAAAAGAAAAUUGUUUCUCUAACUAAGACUUUGUCUCCUGUCGUGGUUCUGGAGACCCGUCAGAAGCUCAUGGAUCCUGCGGGCAAUGGUGUAUAUGGGAGGUAUCAAUGUGGCCGCUGUCGUCGGGUGUUUCAAAACUUGGACAGAUUGACGGAGCAUCAUUUCUUGCACAAAAAAGAGAGGAUUAAAUGUUGUCGUCGUUGCAAACAGCUAAUUAUCGGGCGGCUGCCUUUGCAAGACAAUCAUGUAUGCCCUCCGUUAGGAAACAAGAAUAUACAGGCAUCAAGCUCUUUUAAAAACAAGUCUCCCUUUGCUCAAAAACUAGUGCCAUUCCAUAGUCUGAACAAUGCCAAAAAGGUUUUCUUCUGUCCAAUGUGCAAGCACAGCUACGCACGGAGGUGGAACCUCAAAACGCACAGGUGUCACGGUGCAGCGUCAGCCCUCUCUCGACAAACCAACACCCCAUUUCAGAAAAUGUUUGUACUGAGGUCAAACAGUGAUGCCAACACUGGUAUAGAGGAUGUUACAGCUGAAUCUCAGGGGGCCAGGAGUGUCGGUGUGGGCACUGAGAUUAGUGAUCGUAUCAAGGUGGAGGAGACUUCUCCAAAUUCAGAGCAGUCUGCACUUUCACAGUUGGCCUGGGCUCGUCCAGCAAGAAGCUUCUCCCCAUUUUCCCCCACAUCUUCCAUGAUGGAGCAGCACAAGGAUCCCUCCCUGUCUGGGAAUUUACUCAAGCAAGGAGAAGAAAACAGCUGGGAGGCAGAAGCACUCAAUAACCAGGACACUAAUGAGGGACAGUGGACGAUGCCGUUGGAUGAUGAAAUGGAGAUGCUAAAUGCUGCUGUGAAAGCUGUUAAUGACGGAGAGGGGAAGAAGCCUGUGUCAGCCGAACAUGUAGAGAUGAUGGCUCACGGCCUGCGCUAUUUUGUCAGAGACGGUGUAAAACGUUACCCUUGCAGUAGGUGUCAGAAAACAUACAGUCGAGCGUCUACAUUGAGGCGUCAUCUGCGACUGUGUGGCUUUAGGCCACGUGGGUUUGGAACUUUAGCACAGAGUGGAGGUCAGGGUGCCAUAACACUAAAUGCCAGCAGUGUGAAACCAAUGUUUUCCUGCUUUGUGUGUGGGAAGUCUUUUAACCGCAAAGAUAACAUGAUGGUUCACAGAAAGAGAUGUCAGUUUCAGCGAACAAUGGCAGAAGCAGAAAGGGGGAAUGUGCAGCAGAGCUUGCCAAGCAAUGCAACAGCAGACUGUCCACCAAAGGAGGACGA